GACAUUUGCAUUGUUUACAUUCCUUAUCGAGGAAAAACAAUAACCAGAAGCGGCGUUUUGCGGAAAAUUCCCUCCAGCAUUUAGAAUGGAAGUGGAAACAACGAAACCCUGCUUCAAAAGCAAAGAUCUCUCCGAGGUGAAUCCCAUGGGAAAGAAGCGACAGUGGAAAUCGUUGAAGCAAAUUUUGGCCCACGAGAAAACCCUGCCGUGGAAGGAGUCGGACAUUACUUAUUCAUCAGUAAACGCUCCACCUUCGCUAAAGCCGGCGAAAAAGUAUUCCGACAUUUCCGGCCUGAUUGCACCGUACACGGAUCCACACUCGAAGCUGCGGUACCACAACGUGGAGGAGUACCAAACCAUCCGCACCUUUCCGAUGGACCUUACCGCCGGCUACUUGGCGCUGCGUGGUGCUACGAGUAUUGUGUAAUAGUGCUAGGGAACAGUUUUUAUUAAGUAUUAAAUCUUCCUUUAUUUUCGAAGAUCUGAAUUCGACAAUCUUACAAACCUAACAGUCACCGAUCAUGAUCCUUAUUCACUUAAGCUUAAACCGGGAACAGACGCGUAAAAGUAGAGAAAAUCGGUCCACUCCCAAUAUCACAACCGGGUUUCACAAAAUGUAUCACUCUUAAAUCAGAGCGCUCGGGCGUAGCACAAGCUCUCCACCACCGUACACAGAACGCGGAAAAUGGAAAGCACCGUCCUAUUCUUUCGCGAUUUCUUUUCCCGUUGUCUGGGACCCAGGGAACAGUCGCUUACAUCGCUACAAACUAGUCUAUCAUACAUGUGUAGGGUGGGGAAGGAAAGUAGCGGGCAAUUAACCAUCCAUUCACCCAGUAGCAUAGUCUUAUCAGGUCCAUCAGGGUGUUUUUAGAAGAAAACAGCAGUUAGUCACACCAGCUCUCCCCAAAAACGUCCCUACAGACUAUGUUCGUACAGCAGAUAGCUCUUCAGCUCGCUCGGUAUGAACAGGGGCGGCACAAACUCGCCCAGAUUCCGCCCGAACAGUCGGCGGUAGUGGGCACGGAUCUGGGACUUGAGCUUCCGUGGGACUGAGGCGCGCUCCACCAGGAGAUCGCGCUGCUCGUCGGUGAGCUGCUGGUUGCGGCGGAUCAUGCACGGGUCGAACUCUUCCGCUGCGUCCAGUAUGAUGCGAAAGGCGGCCGAUUCGUGGUGCAGGUUGGAAAGGCAGUUGAGCAAACCGUCCGGAUCGCGGUACUGGGUCUUCAGAAUUACCUGUACGAGGAGGAUAAGGCGUUAGGGAAGAGAGCUAGAGAACCUGAGCCUUGUCCUGACUUACCCUUGCACCGUAUCGUAGCAGCAAAUGCAGUUCUUGCGGCGUCACGUGCUCAUUGCUGGCAAGCAGCUCGGCCAACGGUGGGCGCAGUAUCGCAUUGGUGGCCACAUCUCCGACGACGCGAAUGUUGGGAUCGGCACCGUAAAACAAGAGCAUCUGAGCACCUUCAUGAUCUCUACUCUGUUGGGAAUAUUGUCGGCGCAGGCCACAUGCAGCGGAGACCCAAUCACCGGGCUGCUACGGUUCACAUUCGCACCAUGCUCGAGCAGUAUUCUCACCAGCACCGGAUCACCCCGCAGGACGGCCAGAUCGAGCGGGCUUGGCCGGUCCGGCUCGGGCAGCGGGGCUGGAAUGUCCACCCGGGCGCCCUGUUUCAGCAGCAUCGUGACGAGUGAUGCAUUUCCUAACAAAGUAACGAUUAUUAAACAUAAUAAGACAUCAUUAGAAUGCGAUGAUCGCGGAGGAAUUGAAGCAACAAGAUCGUGCUGUGUCCAUGAGCCAAAAAGCAGGUAAAGCGAAUGACCGAAAAUAAAAGGAAAAGUGGACCAAAAA